UUUCAGAUGUCAGUUUGCUGUUAGUAAUUACUUUUGGCUGUGGCCAUGUGAGGGUGUUGGGGAGAAUACUGAAAUCCUGAGUUCAGAACAGGUGGAAGGGUACUCAUCCCCCCACCCCCAUGAUGGGCUGUGUAAAAACAAUGUAAAGCUUAUCACAACAAAGAUUUCAGGCUUUUGUUGUGGUUUUAUAAAAGAAAUUUCUUUGUGAUGUUCCUGGGGGUAAAGCUUUGAAUGAUUACUUGUGAUGGAAGACUGAAACAUCAACGUUUCUGUAACGUCAUAUUAAAAGAAAAUAACGUGGAGGGAGGCAAGGGACUUCUGAUCUGAACCCCUUGAUGAUGCCUUGUGAUCGCCUUCCCAGGCGGCCCGGGCUGUCACCUGCCCGCCGGAGCUCAUAAACAGGGAGGUGGCUGCGGGCUGGCCGCUCUGGUGUUGUGGGGAGCGGCUGCUGCCGUGUGACUGCCGCCGGGCCUGGGCCGCCGCACGCUUGUGCUGGGGAGCUGAGCCCUGUGGCCUCUGUGUGCUCAUCACACGGCCCAUGAGACAGCCUUGCCGCAGAAGGGAAGGAGGCAGGAAAAAACAUUUGGGAGGGGAAAGCAGACAGAUGCAUGUGAGUGCCCCAUGGCUGCAGCUGCCUCAGUUCACUCAUUUAUUGCCUAUUGUAACUUGGAAGCAUUCUUUAGGUCGGUUCGUCUUCUGGGACCCUUCCCUGCCUUCUGGUUAAGGAAUCCGUGCACACAUACAGGAUGACUCAACAGUGGGAUGGAUGUUCAGAUACCAGAAAGGUGCUGGUAACUUGACAGGAAUCUCCACAUUCUUUGGAGAGACCUGUUGUACGUGAGACCUCUCAGGAACCUGUGCAGUUUGAAUACGUUGGACUGUUACAUUCUGAAACUUUCACCAUGAAGAGAGCUGGGCAGAAGGUGGUGGCUGGAACUGAAGCUCCUGGAACAUCACAGACAAGCAAAAAACAGAAAACUAGUUUAUAUGGCUCGGGGUUUGGGGAAUCUGAGCCGUGCACCUCGAUGGACUGGGGCAGCCUUCCACACCACGUGAUUCUGCGUGUUUUCCAGUUCCUGACUUUAGUGGAUCGAGCCAGGGCAUCUUCUGUUUGUCGAAGGUGGAAUGAAGUUUUUCACAUCCCAGAUCUCUGGAGGAGAUUUGAAUUUGAACUUAGCCAGCCAGCCACUUCUUAUUUAAAGUCUACACAUCCCGAUCUCAUUCAGCAGAUUAUCAAGAGGCACGCUGACCAUCUGCAGUACGUCAGCUUCAAGGUUGAUAGUAGUACUGAGUCAGCAGAAGCAGCCUGUGACAUCCUUUCUCAAUUGGUGAACUGUUCUAUCAAGACACUCGGUUUGAUCUCUACAGCAAAACCAAGCUUCAUGAAUGUCUCUAAGGCUCAUUUUGCAUCAGCACUGACAGUAGUUUUUGUGAACUCCAAGUCAUUAUCAUCAAUCAAGAUAGAUGACACACCCCUUGAUGAUCCUUCCUUGAAGGUUCUUGUUGCUAACAACAGUGAUACUCUAAAGCUACUAAAAAUGAGCAGCUGUCCUCAUGUUUCACCUGCUGGUAUUCUUUGUGUGGCUGAUCAGUGUCAUGGACUUAAGGAGCUGGCUUUGAACUACUACAUAUUAAGUGAUGAACUGCUGCUGGCUCUUUCAAGUGAAAAACAUGUUGAUCUCGAGCACCUUCGCAUUGACGUCGUGAGUGAAAAUCCCGGACAAGCUCAAUUUCACACCAUUAAAAAACAAAGCUGGGAUGCUCUUGUUAAACACUCCCCCAAAGUCAACAUUGUGAUGUAUUUCUUCUUGUAUGAAGAUGAAUUUGAUGCUUUCUUCAGAGAGGAAACACCUGUCACACACCUGUACUUCGGUCGUGCAGUGAGCAAGGCCAUGCUGGGUCGCAUCGGCAUGAACUGCCCCAGGCUGAUCGAGCUGGUGGUGUGCGCCAAUGGCCUUCAGCCUUUGGAUGAUGAACUGAUCCAGAUUGCUGAGCGCUGUAAGAACUUAACGGCCAUGGGGCUGGGGGAGUGUGAAGUCACCUGCAGAGGUUUUAUUGAAUUUGUAAAGAUGUGUGGGGGCAGGCUUACUCAGCUUUCCAUCAUGGAGGAGGUGCUGAUUCCAGACAGUGAUUACAGCUUAGAUCGGCUUCAUCUGGAAGUCUCCAAACACCUUGGAAGAAUGUGGUUUCCUGAUAUGAUGCCGACGUGGUAAAUCCUUUCUGUCGAUAAAAUGGUGGGAUUGGGGUGUUGCUUUCUAUGCAAAUAAAAAAUUUAAAAAUCAAAUGUGAAAAUUUUCUUCCAGAUUUGAGUUUUUCUUCCUUGAGAAAACCUCUAUUAGACUAACAGCAAAACACUCUAAAAUAUUAAUUAUGUAUUGAAAUAGAAAAUAGUUUUAAGUGUACUUAACGGUUCUGAAAGUAUGUGUGUGGUUUACAGGUGCUUCAAACUUCAGUGAAUUUGGGCUUCUCUAAGCUUCAGUUUAAACAUUCCAUUUACUUUAAAGUGGAUUUGGGUUUUUGGGUUUUUUUUUAAUGUCUUCGUUUACUCUUUUAGGUCUAGUCAAAAGAGAAACUAUUUUCUUUUAGGAAAUCUAUCUGUGUAAAGCUGGAUAGAACUUUGAGUACAGUAUUAUUUAUCAUGAAUGUUUUACAUAGCUAUUUUUUAAAUAAUUCAUGUUUUAUUUGUAAAAGCUUGUAUAUUAAAAUACACUAUCCCAGGUUAAUCAGAUAUAAUCUAGCUUAAAUUCAUGGCAGUCUAAAAAAAUGUUAAUAAGCUUAUGCUUACAAAAAUUUUUCCAGCUUUAAAUUGCACUUUAAGUAAUUUUGUCAGAUUACAGAAACUAGGGAAUGCAUUGUACAGUAUGUUGUUUUUGUCUUAUGUGUUAAAAGGAUAAGAAAGAGAUUUUGUUAAAAUUACUGAUUAUAAGUUUGGUUCUAGAUUGAUUACUUGAGUGAGUCAUAAAGCACUUUGGAAACUGGCAGGACAAUAAGGAAUAGCUUUGGAUUUGGGCUCAAGUCUUUGUAAUCAAAGACUAAUGUCUGAAUGCUGUUCCAUGCUUUCAUUGCUAAGAAAUAAGGAUUUCAUAAAUGUAGCUAGUAAGAAGGAAAGACUAAAUGCAGUACAAUUGUCUUUGAUCCAUUUCUAUUUGGAAUCAAGAAUUUGCAGCCCUUAAAAUUGUCACUUACAGGACUAAAUGGACUGUAGUAAUCUCAUCUGUUUCUUCCACAGCUUUGUGUAAGCCUGAUUUCUAGAGAAAGGCUUGCUGAAAGUAAUCCUGAAAUAUUUAUUUCAGGACUGUUUAAUACUUGUUGCUAUUAAUUGCUUUUUGAGACAGAUUGUAUUAUAUUUAUUUUCUUAAAAAGGGAAAGGCAUGGUGAGUUGAUGUAAAUUAGAGGAUGUAUUUUUGUGUUAACAUUUUGCACACUGUAAACUUAAAUGCAUUGUAUAUAAAUUUUUGCUGUAAUGAUUUUAGUGCCACACUUGUUGCAUCUUCCUGUUGAUAAUGAGAAGUACAAGUGGUUGUCACUGUCGUGGCUUAACCCUGGCUGUCAGCUGAGCCCCUCACAGCCAGAGGGACGGGGGAGAGAAUCAGAAGGUAAAAGUGAGAAAACUAAUGGCUGGACAUCAAGAGUUUAAUAGUAAAGCCAGAGCCACAUGGGCAGGCACCCCCCAAAAAGGGAAUCCAUUCACCACUUCCCUCAGCCAUGUCCAGGAAAGCAGGGCUCCAUCACCCAUAAACACCCCGCUUCCUGCACCUUCCCCCAGCUUUAUAUGCUGAGCCUGAUGUCAUACAGUAUGGAAUGUCCCUGGGGUCAGCUGGGCUCAGCUGUCCUGUCCCUGUCACCUCCCAGGCCGUGCACCCUCAGCCUGCUGGGGCACUAUAAAGCAGAGCAGGGCUGGGCUCUGCAGGCACUGCUCAGCUACAGCAAAAACAUCCCUGUGUUACCAGUGCUGUUUCCAGUACAAAUCCACAGCUCCAUUCCAGCUCCUCUGAAGCAAAUGGACUACCCCAGCUAGAACCAAUGCAUUCACAGCAGAGAAUAAAUUAGUUUCUUUCCCACUUCCACAAAACAGCAGCUAAAGGGUUAAACCACACUUUUCUUGGACACGCUUGUUCCUAGAUGGAAGCCCAAGGAUUCAAGGUAACACACAGACCUGAAUCAGUAAUGCUUCAGUGCCUGUUGCACAGUUAAGCAUUUAUCUGACUGGUUAGUAGAGGCUGUGAGCUGAGCACUUCCAUAAUCCAGGGGAUUAUAAUUUAAACACAAAACUGAAAUAUUUCCAAACAGUAUUUGGUUCAAGAUGUGUGGUUUGCUUCAAAUGGAAAUGUAAUAAAGUGGUUUAAUCCAUGCACUAGA